GUCACCGCCUGUCAAGUAAAGAGUAAAGCAAAAAGAUUUAGCAUUUCUACCUUCUUGUUAUUUUAUUGAAUUGCAUUUUCAUAAUAAGUUAUUUAUAUUAAAUAAAAAGUACAAAAAACUACUCAACAAAUAAAAUGGCAAACGUCGAAUCAAUGAUUGUUGAAGAAAAAUCACAGCCAACUAAACAAGUCGACAGAGAAAAGACUUGUCCAUUGCUCCUUCGAGUCUUCUGCUCUACUGGACGCCACCAUUCAGUUUCUGAAUAUAUGUACGGCAAUGUUCCCUCGAAUGAACUACAAAUCUACACCUGGCAAGAUGCUACUCUGCACGAACUCACUUCCCUCGUUCGCGACGUUAAUCCCGACACCCGCAAGAAAGGCACCUAUUUUGACUUUUCCGUCGUCUACCCCGAGUAUAGAAGUCAAUCAUUUAGGAUGCGUGAAAUAGGAGUGACGUGUUCUGGACAAAAGGGUGCUGACGACAAUAAAACCCUCGCUCAGGCUAAAUUCUGCAUCGGUGACUUCUUAGACAUUUCGAUUACCCCGCCGAACCGUUUGCCGCCCAUGAGACGCCAACGUCCGUACUGAACGAAAUUAACUUAGACUUUACUUUGAUUUUUUUAUUUACAAGCUAAAAAAAACUGAACUUCUCAUAAAUAAAAUAAAAAAUAAAAGACUCGGGACUUUGACCGCAAAAAAUAAAAGAAGUCUUUCUUAAUCUCUAAACGGGUGGAGAGGCAUGAAUCUCCGAUUCUCCUCUAUCUAGUUUCUAUAGUACUGUUGUGGUUGAGCCUGCUGGAGAACUGCUC